AUGUUCUCCCUUCGUACCGCCGUGCGGAGAGCUUCAACCAGCAAGCCCCUCCGAGCCUUCUCCGCACCACACGCCGUUUCCUCCGCGAGACUAGGCGCUCGUAACUCCCUCAAGGCUUCCGCCGUCCCGUUGCUGCAGGGUCGUCAUUAUUCCCGCGCCGCUGACCCCCAGCUUUCGUCGACUCGCUCCACGGUCGUCCAGCUGUUGAGCAAUAUCGGCUCGAAGCGUGAGGUUCAGCAAUACCUCUCUCACUUUACGUCGGUUUCCUCUCAGCAGUUCGCUGUCAUCAAGGUCGGCGGUGCCAUCAUCACCGAACACCUCCAGACUCUUUCCUCUGCUCUCGCCUUCCUGAACCAUGUCGGACUUUAUCCGAUUGUUGUCCACGGCGCCGGACCUCAACUGAAUCGCAUGUUGGAAGACGCCGGUGUGGAGCCGCAGUUCGAGGAUGGUAUCCGUGUGACUGAUGGCAAGACCCUGGCUCUUGCUAGGAAGCUCUUCUUGGAGGAGAAUCUGAAGCUGACCGAAGAAUUGGAACGCAUGGGAGUGAGGGCCCGCCCUCUCACUGCGGGUGUCUUCUCAGCCGAUUACCUCGACAAGGAGAAGUAUAACCUGGUCGGCAAGAUCAAUGGUGUCAACAAGAAGCCAAUUGAAUCUGCUAUCGAAUCUGGCUGUCUCCCUAUCCUGACCUCCAUGGCCGAGACCCCAGAUGGUCAGGUUCUGAAUGUCAACGCCGAUGUGGCUGCCGGCGAGUUGGCGCGUGCACUCCAGCCGCUCAAGAUUGUCUACCUUGCUGAGAAGGGUGGACUCUUCAACGGUGACACGGGUGAGAAGAUUUCCGUAAUCAAUCUCGACGAGGAGUACGACCACUUGAUGACCCAGUGGUGGGUGCGUCACGGUACCCGUCUGAAGAUUAAGGAGAUGAAGGAACUUCUCAGUGAUCUUCCUCGCACCUCGAGCGUUGCCAUUAUCCACCCAGCCGAUCUGCAGAAGGAGCUCUUCACGGACUCUGGUGCGGGUACCUUGAUCCGCAGGGGCAACAAGGUACACAUCAAGACUUCUAUCUCGGAGUUUGAGGACCUGGACAAGCUGAAGGAUGUUUUGAUCCGCGACCGGGAAGGCUUGGAUGCCCGCGCCACCGUGGAGCGCUACGUUGAAGGAUUGAAAGAGCGCGAUUUCAAGGUGUACUUUGAUGAGCCCAUGGAGGCCUUGGCCGUUAAGGACUUCCCCAAGCUUGUGUGGACUGUUAAGGAGGACGACGAGAACCUGACUUGGUUCUUCGACAAGGCCGAUGGUAGCCUGAGCCGCGAGGGCGAGGUCCUCUUCUGGUACGGUAUUGAAAGCGGUGAAGAGGUUAAGCAGUUGGUCCAGGAGUUCAAUGAGCAUGGCCGCCAGAUGUUCGGUGAUAUCAACCUCGAGUCGAGGUUGCACCGCGCUGCCGCGGCCGCCACCAACAUUGGCAAGGGCUUUGGCGCCAGCGGUGCUUCCGCUGAGCAGAAGCGGGCAUUCUCCUCCAGUAGCAAUGCCCUGCGAUCUUCUCGGUUUGGACGCCCUUCGGUUUUCAGCAAGAACUCGGCUCGGGCUUACUCCACUAACCCUAACCCACCCCUUGGCGAGAAGAACAUGUCGAACACCCAGCCGUCCAAGGUUGCUCUCAUUGGAGCCCGUGGCUACACUGGUCAAGCCCUGAUUAACCUGCUCAAUGCCCACCCCCACAUGGAUCUGCGCCACGUUUCUUCUCGCGAGCUGGCUGGCAAGAAGUUGCAAGGUUAUGAAAAGAGAGAGAUCAUCUACGAGAACCUUAGCCCUGAGGAUGUCAAGCGCAUGUCUGCAAAUGGCGAUGUUGACUGUUGGGUUAUGGCUCUGCCUAACGGUGUCUGCAAGCCGUUUGUUGAGGCUGUCGACCAAGGCUCGGAGAAGGGUAAUGUCAUUGUUGACCUGAGCGCCGACUACCGUUUCGAUAGCAACUGGACCUACGGUCUGCCUGAGUUGGUCUCCCGCUCUAAAAUCGCCCAGGCAUCCAGAAUUGCCAACCCUGGUUGCUACGCAACAGCGGCCCAGGUUGCAAUUGCUCCCCUUGUCCCUCACCUCGGUGGACAACCUACCGUUUUUGGUGUUUCCGGAUACUCGGGCGCUGGUACCAAGCCAAGCCCUAAGAACGACGUGGAGAACCUUACCAACAACAUCAUCCCUUACAGCUUGACCGAUCACAUCCACGAGAAGGAGAUCAGCUCUCAGCUUGGCACCAACAUUGCAUUCAUUCCUCAUGUUGCUGUUUGGUUCCAGGGCAUUCAUCAAACCAUCAGCAUCCCUCUCAAGGAGGAAAUGUCCUCCCGUGAUAUUCGCAACAUCUACCAGGAACGCUAUGCUGGUGAGAAGCUUGUGAAGAUCAUCGGCGAGCCCCCGGUGGUGAAGAACAUUGCUGGUCGCCAUGGUGUUGAAGUUGGUGGAUUCGCUGUUCACUCUAGUGGCAAGCGCGCAGUGGUGUGUGCUACCAUUGACAACCUGCUGAAGGGCGCAGCUACUCAGUGCCUCCAAAACAUGAACCUCGCUCUCGGAUAUGGCGAGUACCAGGGCAUCCCUCUGGAGUAAACAAUCUUUAGUAUACUUGUCCCUAUAUCCUCAAUAUAGCGGGAGUGUAGGUAUAUGAACUGUUUCGUGGACGAGGAUUUUCGUUUCUUGAAUUGAACAAUGGUGUCAUCUUUCUCGCGUGUCUCAUACCCCGGGUGUCUCUCAUCGGUUGCUAUGGGUCGGUGAUACUCCGCAAAGGGUCUCUUGCCUCAAUCUCCAUAGCCAACUUAAUCAUGCCUUAUGUUUUCUUGAAUACUUGGUUUCCCACUCAUAGAUGUCUCCGGUUUCCUUGUUCUCAACCUGCAUGGAGAAGGAAUACUAUAUCGUGCCUGCAAAGGGGAUCGGUGCUUUUCGAAGCAAAGAAUAGAAGGAGGAUCAAAAGCAAUUCGUCCCAUAGUUCUUCGGUGUAUUGGCUCUUAUAUCUCGCGUUGCCUUUUUCUUUUCUCUUCUUUCGGUGCUUCUGAUACGGAUAUAAGGGAGUGGUCUGUAAAUCGUUUCUAGGAUGGUGGUAUGUAUAGU